AUGGCGCUCAGGUCGGCCUCCUCCUUCGUCCUCGCCGUCCUUAUCGCCGCUGCCGCAGCAGCCUCCAUCGCCGAGGCACAGCAACCAGCGGAAGCGCCUUCCCCGAGCUCCUCGGGGCCGAUCAACAUCACCGACAUCCUGGUGAAGGGCGGGCAGUACAACUCCUUCAUCCACCUCCUCCACGCGACGCGGGUGGACGAGCAGAUCGAUGUGCAGAUCAACACCACCUUCACCGGCAUGACCGUCUUCGCCCCCACCGACAACGCCUUCAGCUCCGCCGGCAGCCUCAACGGCCUCACCCAGCAGCAGCAGAUCGAGCUCGCCCUCUACCACGUCGUCCCGCAGUUCUUCGACCUCGCCAAGUUCCAGACCGCCAGCAACCCGAUCCUGACCGACGCCUCCGGCGUCACCGGGCAGUGGACGCUCAACGUCACCGCCGUCGCCAACAGCCAGCAGGUCAACAUCUCCACCGGAGUCGUGGAGACGCAGGUGGGGAACGCGCUGCGCGACAAGUUCCCGCUCGUGGUUUACUCCCUCGAGAAGGUGCUGCUCCCGUCCGAGCUCUUCCCGUCCAAGUCGUUUCCGCCGCCGUCGCCGUCGUCCUCAGAAAGUGGGAGCGGCGACGCGGCCGAUUCCUUGUCGCCGGCGGUGUCGGCCCCAACGCCGCCUCACGGAGGCAGCUCGUCCUUGAACGGAAGAAGUACUUUGAUCGCCGGAGUUGGGAUCUGGGCAGCUGUUGCCGCUGCCAAUUUGUUGUGA